CCACUCAGGGCAUGGAAAAAAUCUCAUUGACCACAGUCGCCCACUAUCACCAUAAAUACAUACAAAUGGAAGGACCGCACCAUUAAUUUCAGCAGCCCCACCUUUAAUUUCUCAGCUGAAUCCCCCAGUGUUGCAGCACCCAAAGGACUCAGUUCCUUAUCUCUAGAAACCCAAUUGGAAAAAUGGGUUCUUUGCUGUUGUUUCUUCUCCCUCUCUUUUUUCUCCUAAACCCAUCUCAAAGCCAACCCCUUGCAGGCACAGACACCACAGUCAAUGGCUACAACUGCUCAUACACCACACCCUGUGAAACCUAUGUGUUUUACAGAGCCCAAAACCCAGACCUUAUGAACCUCACUGCAAUUAGUGACCUGUUUGGAGUGAGCAGGCUGAGAAUAGCUCAAGCAAGCAACAUCUCUUCUCUCACAUCUCCUCUUGUCCAAAACCAGACCCUCUUUAUCCCAAUCUAUUGUGCUUGUAUGAAAAAUUACUCACAAGCCAAUAUCACAUAUCAGAUUCAGAAAGGGAAUACAUACUACCUUGUUUCCACAUUGCAAUUCCUUAACCUCACAACCUUUCAGGCUGUUAUUGUGGCGAACCCUAGCCUUGUACCUACUAACCUGACCAUUGGGGUUGAAGUAGUUUUCCCAAUUAGGUGCCUUUGCCCUAACAAAAACCAGUUGCAGAGAGGAGAUAAUUUCCUCAUAACCUAUGUUGUUCAACCUGGCAAUACCUAUGAGUCGAUUAGCCGGUUUUUUAAAGCGAACAGGAGUGCGUUAAUCUCUGCUAACCCCACAGCAAAUCUCGUUAAUCCGGACCCUUUCUCGACUGUUUUGGUCCCUGUUUCUCAAUUACCCCAGCUUGUUCAGCCCACACCAUCGAAUGUUAGCUCUCCACCACCACCACCACCACCACCAAUUGUUUCAGUCGUUUCUCAUAAGGACGAACAUGGAACUGUGACUGGAUUGUCUAUAGCAGUUGGGGUUUUGGGGGUAUUGACUACUGUUCUGGCUCUGGUUCUCAUCUUUGCCUUUAGGAAAAGCUCAAGAAGAACUGAUCGCGAUGAUUACGAAUUGGCCCCACAUCAACUCCAAAAGGGAGGAGGAGCUCAUCUUACAGAGAAGGAUUUCUUGGCUGAUGUCUCCGAAUGCUUGGACAAGUACAAAGUCUACUCCAUAGAAGAGCUCAAGGAAGCGACAGAGGACUUCGAUCCAAAAACCCUAAUCCAAGGCUCUGUGUAUAAGGCCACCAUUGAAUGCAAGGCCUAUGCCGUGAAGAAGAUGAGGUGGGAUGUCUCUGAAGAGCUCAAAAUCCUCCAAAAAGUGAACCACCACAGUCUGGUGAGGCUCGAGGGCUUUUGCAUCAACGUGGAGGAAGGCGACUGCUACUUGGUCUAUGAAUACGUUGAGAAUGGCUCCCUCCACCAUUGGCUUCACAACCCUGAACCAGGCAAGCAUUUGAAUUGGAAAUCUCGGUUGCAAAUUGCCAUGGAUGUGGCCAAUGGCCUACAGUAUAUGCACGAGCACACUAGCCCGGUGGUGGUGCACAAGGACAUCAAGAGUAGCAACAUACUCCUCGACAAGGCCCUGCGUGCCAAGAUUGCAAAUUUUGGACUCGCGAAAUCCGGGUUCAAUGCAAUCACAAGGCACAUUGUCGGGACUCAAGGCUACAUGGCACCAGAGUAUCUGGGUGAUGGGCUUGUGACCCCAAAGCUUGACGUUUUCGCAUAUGGUGUGGUGCUCCUUGAGCUUGUCUCUGGCAAAGAGGCGGCUCGAGAAGGGGGAAGAGAGCUGUUGUGGGUUGAGGUCGAAAAUGUAUUGGCUUGUGAAAAUAAGGAGGAGAGGUUGAGGGGGUGGAUGGAUGGGAGGUUAUUCGAUGAUUCGUGCUCUGUCGAGAGCGUGAUGAAUGUGGCCGUGGUGGCGAGGGCCUGUGUGAGCAAGGACCCAUCCAAGAGGCCCUCCCUCGCCGAUGUUGUUUACAUUUUGAGUAAGGCUGAUGAGCUCUGCUUCGACUUGUCCUCGGCUUCCCAUGAUUCAAUCUCUGUAAAUUCCGGCGUCACUGCUCGGUGAAGGAGACUGAAUUCGGACUUGUUUUCAUCCUUACUGAAAUUCGUGCGUAUGUGUAGCUGUAGUACUGUAAAUCAAUGGCGAAGGGUCUUUCACAUUUUGGGGUGCUGGGGCUACUGGUUUUGUUUCUCAUGCUGUUACAUUACAUGGGGAAUUUCUUUUUUCUUCCUUGUUUUUUGUUUUGUUUUUGAAAUUAUGAUGUAAACCGAUGCAUUAAUGCUACGCCACUAGUGAUGAAUUAGGAA